AUGCUUGGUCAAAUGAUAGGCCAACAAUUGCUCAACAGUACCAAAAAGUAUGCCAUUGCAUGCCCAGGACAGGGUAUAAUACGUAACGGCUUACUCGAAGCAAACAAAAACUACCGCGAUUUAUUUCAACCAUACUUGGAUGAAGUUGAUUCAGCUUUGAAUUGCAACUUUUCACAAUAUUUGUUCCAGAGAGAUGUAAAUGACGAUGAAAUACGCCAAUGGCUACAAAAAACUUCAAAUGCUCAACCAGCAAUCCUUGCAUCUACUUAUAUUACACUCAAGACCUUUGAAAAGGUUCACGACGUAGGUUUAUUAGACAAUGCAAAAUUCCUACUUGGACAUUCGCUCGGUGAGUACACAGCAUUAACACUAAGUGGAAUAUUUGACUUGUCCACUGCAGUUCAAUUAGUGAGAAAAAGAGGGAGGUUGAUGGAAGAAGUGGUAAAAUCUGACAAGUUUGGGAUGAUUGCAUUGAUAAUCAAACCGGAAAACGUGUCUGAAAUUGUGGAUUUGGCUACCAAGCACAAUGUUUUGGGUAACGUUAAUUCAAGAUACCAAGUUGUCAUUUCGGGUGAAUUAGUAAAGCUUAGGGAAUUUAUUGAUGUGUUGAAAUCGGUGAACAAAAGGUCCUUGUUGAAAACAGAGCAGUUGCCAGUAUCCAUUCCAUUUCACAGCGCAGUAUUGAAGGAUAUCGUUCCAGGGUUGAGAUCAGUCGUCGAGGGCAAGAUAGGUACGCAACUGGUGCCAAUCAUUUCCAAUUUAGAUGGAGAAGUUUCUACAGAUAGUUCUACAACUGUCGAAAAGGCCCUAACUGCAAACUACAAACCAGUUCAGUGGAUGAAAUCAAUGGACAAGGUGAUUGAUUCAGAUGUAGAUACAGUCUUUAACCUUGGACCUGGCAAGAUCAUCAAUGCUAUUAACAAACGAUACAAUGUGAAAUGCGUUCCUGUAGAGGAUAUUGAACUGUUUUAA